AAAAAAAAGUUACUACUACAACUACAAGAUUGAAAAAUCUUGGUGCCCGAAAACUGAAAGAAAGACAAGGGUCUUGCUUGAUUUUAAAGACUUUAGUUUAAUAGAUCCUGAUACAGACAGUAUAAUUUGUCUUGUUCAUUUGGAAGUGCGUACGCGGAACACGAGCUGCGGGAUAUGAGAGCCUUCGGAACCAUUGCCAUUGGCAUCGCGCUCACAAUGCAUGCAAGUACUUUGAAGAAAGAAUACCAUUAGCAGAUUUCAACAUGAAAGUGUUGAAUGUGGCUGAGAAAAAUGACGCGGCCAAGGCACUUGCUAAUGUCAUGGGAGCCGGACGAUCACGACGUAGAGAAGGGCGCUCUAAAUACAACAAAAUCUAUGAAUGGCAGAUGCGCUUGUUGAAUGAGGAUUGUGACAUGGUGAUGACCUCAGUCUCUGGACAUCUCAUGGAAAUGGAGUUUGCCGGCGCUUUCCGCCAAUGGCAUGGAUGCCAGCCUCUGAAUCUGUUUGACUGCCCGAUCACGAAGUAUGUUCCAGAGAAUAUGAAGGGGAUAAAACAAACCCUGGAGCAGGAGAUCAAGCGGUGUACUUGUCUUGUACUGUGGACUGACGGUGAUAGGGAAGGCGAGAACAUUGCGUUUGAGAUUGCCUCGGUGUGCAAGGCAGCUAAACGAAACAUUGACGUGUACCGGGCUCGCUUCUCCGAAAUAACUCCAGUGUCCAUCCAGCGAGCUUGCCGUGAGCUCGGUCGCAUUGAUGAUGACAUGGCACAGGCCGUGGAGGCUAGGCAAGAACUGGACUUUCGUAUCGGCUGCGCUUUCACACGCUUCCAAACUAUGCACUUGAAACGUGUGUUUGCGGGCACUCUCGGACAUCAAAAAGUCAUCAGCUAUGGCCCGUGUCAAUUUCCAACUCUUGGAUUCGUUGUUGACAGGUACAAGCAAGUGCAGGCAUUCAUACCAGAAGGUUUCUUCAAGCUAAAAGUGACAUACGAGACUGAAGGAGGGCGCAUGGAGUUUGCCUGGAAGCGUUUUCGUGUCUUCCAUCGCUUGCCGGCGGAAAUCAUCCUGGGACUCUGUCAGGAGCAACCCACAGCCAAAGUGACAUCGGUGCGUGGGUCCAAUACGACCAAGUACCGGCCAGUAGCUCUGGAUACAGUGGAAUUUGAGAAGCUGGCAUCACGCAAGCUGCGUAUCAACGCCAAGGAGGCCAUGCGCGUGGCUGAGAAGCUCUACACUUCAGGGUUCAUCAGCUAUCCCCGUACCGAGACAAACAUCUUUCCAAAGUCACUCAACCUGACGCCUCUUGUGGAAAUGCAGACGCAGGAUCACCAGUGGGGAGAGUUUGCGCAGCGCAUCCUCAAUGUAUACGGCGGCCCUAAUGCGCGCAACGGUCGCAAGUCUGACAACGCCCAUCCUCCCAUUCACCCAACCAAGUUCACCAACACUUUGGCAGGCAAUGAAAAGACGGUGUAUGAGUUUGUGGUGCGUCACUUCCUGGCAUGCGUGUCAAAGGACGCACAAGGACAUGAGACCAACGUCGAGAUUGAGAUCGCCGAGGAGAAGUUCACAGCGAAGGGUCUGGAGAUUCUGCAGCGGCACUUCCUUGACGUUUACCCGUACGAGCGGUGGAGUGAUCGAAUCAUGCCGCAGCACUUUGAAGUCAACGACACCUUUCAGCCGACCAGCAUAGACCUGAUCGAGGGUGAGACAAGUGCACCGCCGUUGCUGAAGGAAGCUGACUUGAUCGCUCUUAUGGACAAACACGGCAUCGGCACUGAUGCAACCCACGCUGAGCACAUUGAGACAAUCAAGAACCGGCUCUAUGUGGGUGUCCAGCCAGAUGGCUCAUUUGUUCCUGGAGAACUUGGCAUGGGUCUUGUCGAUGGUUAUGACAGCAUGGGCUUUCAGAUGUCCAAGCCAGACCUGCGGGCUGAGCUCGAGUCCGAUCUGAAAUCAAUUUGUGAGAGGCGAAAGCAGAAGAAUGAUGUUGUCAGGGAUAUGCUGCAGAGGUACCGCCAUGUCUUUGAACAGGCAUUAGCGCAGAAGAAUCUUCUGGAGAACGCUCUCUCAGUGUACUUUGGAGACCCGACUAACCAACCUCCGCCACCUGGUGGUGGAGGUCCAGGAGGUCCAGGUGGUGGUGGUGGUGGAGGGUUUGACGGCGGCGGUGGUGGUGGUGGCGGUGGUUUGCACCCUAAUCCUAAUGCAGGAGAGCCGGCUGGGCCGUGUCCACAGUGCGGUGUUGGGCAGAUGUGCAUCCGUGAGAAAAAAGCUGGAGGAUUCAUGAUAGGCUGCAACUGUUACCCUGGUUGUAGAGCCUCGAUAUUCUUCCCGGAGAUCGUCACUGGGCUCACAGCGGCAAAGAAGAAAUGCGAUCAGUGUAAACCUCCUGGUGCUGUAUUCAAGGUGAAGGUGAAGUUCAAGAGAGGUGGUGCACCAACUGGAUUGAAGCAGGGUUAUGAAGGCUGCUACCGAGGCUGCGAUGCAAUGUUUGCCUCGGCACUCAAGCUGACUGAUCGAAUGCGCAAUUUGUCGAGGUCCCGUCCUGCCACUACAGGAGGUGCCGCUAGCAGUGUGUCGGCCGGAUCCAGGCCGCCGGCACCAGCUCAAUCUCUGGCGAGUAGCACAGCAGCUGCCAACACACAUAGUGCAAACAGCAGAGAGCACCCACGAUCUAGCAACGUGAGUGGUGGCACCUUCUCAUCGAGCUCAUCUGCUACACGCGGUGGUGGUGGUAGUGGUGGCGCCGGCGGCGGCAGCCAUGUUUCCAGCUCAGCUGCCGGUAGGUCAGCUCAAGGUGCUUCUGCUGCUGGCAGCGGUGCACAACGUCACAUUAGCGCUUUCUCUAAUGACAACCAGUCGCAUGUCUUUGAUCACGGCGCCGCCACGACGUCAUCACACCACUCUAUGACGUCAUCAUCACAUCAUUCCUACUCUGCCGGGCAUCAUCAAUCUUCGGCCCGCCCAGCGCAAUCGAGCAGCUCAAAUGGCGCUUACAACCCGCCAUCACAUAACCCGUACUCCAGCACUACAGCAGCAGGUGGACAGCACUCAUUGUCGUCAACAGCAAGAGGUCAGCAGGGCGAAUCCAACCAGUCUAACUCAUUUGGUGGUGAUGGCUUUGAAGGACUAGACGAAGAGAUGUUGCUGGAGGGAAUUGGUGACUUUGGUGAUGAUGGCACUACGUCCACUGGAGCGGGUGAGGCACCCGUAGUGCUGUGCCGCUGUGAACAACGGGCGGUUGUCAAGACUGUGCGUAAAGAAGGCCCCAAUCAAGGUCGGGAGUUCUACGGCUGCCCCAAGCCGUACAAGGAAGGUUGUGACUUCUUUCAAUGGGCCGAUGAUACUGCUACCAGUGGUGGAGGUGGAGGUGGUUUCGGAGGAGGAGGUGGUGGUCGAGGCAAUGGCACUGGUACAUCGUACGAAUCUCGCCGGUCAAGUGAUGGUGUUUCCGGAUACUCCAAUCAAGCCGGCGGUGGUGGCAGCGGUGGUGGUGAUGGUGGUGGUACUGUACGAUGCAAUUGUGACUUGGCGUGUGCCCAGUAUGCAGUGAGGAAGGAAGGUCCAAACCAGGGUCGCCUGUUCUACAAGUGCGGCAAGGCACAGCGGGAGAGCCAGUGCUCGUUCUUCAAGUGGGUCGACGAAGUCACUACGGACGGUGCAUCCUCUACCUCCAACUCUGCAGCAACAUCCGCUGGUGGUUUUGGCAGUAGCAGCACAAGAGGAUGGGGAGGUGGAGGUGGAGGUGGAGGAGGUCAAACAAACACUUCAUCUGGUUACAACAGUGCUCCGGGUAUGCUGGGUGCUCCUGGUCGCGGUCAGAAGAGAGCAUACGCUAUGCAAUCAUCAACAGGUGAUGAUGGGUAUGCUGGUGCCGGAGGUGGUGCUGGUACCGGUGCUGGUGCUGGCACUGCCAAGAAACGCAAGCCACCAGCGUGCAGUGUGUGCCGAAAGCCAGGACACACCAAACGCUCCUGUCCCAUGGUCAAGCAGUAUUCAUGAUUGUCAGCUAGGCGGUACAGGUGUGAUCGCAUUCCACCAUUGCACAACGGUACGCAUGCUGUCAUCCAGCGCUAGUUGCUAUGAUGAUGAUGUCACACCGCUCUGUCUAGCGGAUUGCCUACACUGCUAAGUUUGUACCAUACCCAGGGUGUGUCACUUUUUAGAAUGUGUUUGUCGUACUUCUAUAGCCACGUGCCAUUCCUCAAGGUACCAAAUAUUCACUUUUAUACUGCAGUCAAGUACUGGCAAUAUUCCUAGUUCACAUCGGUUUUUUGUCUUGUAAUACGUUGCUGCACUCCCCCAUCUGGCCCUACGGCACCUUUGAUUGAUCCUCAUGUAAGUGGUUAUAACAUAUCCAGCAGGCUGGUCCAUGGUAUCAUUUGCACACAACUCCCCCUGUUCCAUGUGGCUUUCUCCGCGAAACUGGAAUCUACGGCGCCUUGAUAGUAAAGACCCACUGUCCCUUUCAGAAGGUCACACAGCUCCAGCUCUUUCGAACUUUUGCAUGCGCGUGUGUGUGUGUGUGUCCGUGCGUGCGUGUCCGUGUGUGUGUACAUGUAACUUGUUAUGCGCCAGCUCAGCCCUAUUCAAUAUUCCAGUUAUUGAGCACACGGCGGUCUUUCGUGGUGCUCCCUGCCCUCUUCUGCUGUGCAGACACUCACUGUAAUUUAUUCAAAAAGCCUUCUUCUCCGACUCGUAUUGCAGAUCUUUUGCCCUGCUCAAGCAGAUUCCCAGAAAAGGAACAUUUAAAAAACGUGACGCUUCGGUCUUAGU